GGAAGGCGCGCGCUCUUGGGAAAGACCACUGGGGCUGAGGGCGGGUGAGGCGAGGAGUUCGAACCGGAACCGCAACGACCGCCACGUCUGUGAGGCGCCCCCGGCAGCAGGGGCCGAGGAUGGUCUCCGCCAAGCAGCUCGCGGACGCUGGGUACAAGGCCUUCUCCGGCUCCAUGAUGCUGCUGACCGUCUACGGGGGCUACCUCUGCAGCGCCAGAGUUUACCGCUACUUCCAGCGCCGGAGAGCCCUGCGGCAGCUCGAGGAGAGCCGGCCCAGCGCGGGCAUCGUGGAGGACUGACUCCCGCUCUCCGGCCGGCACCGAGUGGCUCAUGAAAUACACUGCGAGUCCUCCCGCUGCAGUAAUCAGGUAGCGAGGGCAACCCGUCUACGCCACAGAUGCAGGCAAGCUUAGUUCAUUCGGGGUGUUUCUCUGCACUAGCGAGAGGUUACAAAGUAACUGUGUACGCAUCUGUUAUCAUGUGAUAAUUAAAUAUUUGACUUAUU